CUCCAAAGUAAAUAAAAAUCUAAGAAAUCAGUAUUGAGCAAUAAAAAUUUCAUAAUUUUUUUUGGUUGUAAUCAAUGAUUUUUGUAUCGUUACAAAUGUAAUGGAAGGAUGUUUUGUAUUGUUUUCUUGAGCUCUUUGCCUCGUACUCCUAUCAGACAGAGCAAUUCUGUGCAUGAUGGAGAGUAGGGCAAAUUACAGUUGUGAGAGCGCUAAUGAAACCCUAGAAUGGAUCAACGCAAUUAUCGAAUUCAUCAAACCUUACCAUUCCAUAAUAAAUGCUCAUGUCGUCAAUUUCUUCGAGAACAGACUAUGGGAAGAUCUUGAUCAACAAUGGCUUCACUUCCUCCGCCACGAGCCUGUUCAAAAUCUGCUCCUGAUUCCUUCUGGCGUGGUUCAGGACCACUGGCCUGCUUCUCUCAAGGGAUUUGUUACCACUUUGAGGUCUCUUGUGUUUCCUCGGGAGCAAGUGGACUUGGAAAAGGAGUUGCCUGGAUUGAACAUAACGUCGCUUGGUAGUGUUCUUGCACAAGGAAUGAACGUGAAGAAAAAACAUGAAGUAGAAGUUCUUUCUGCUGUUGUUAAUUAUAUCGCAAAGAAUGUGAGAGCUGAAACAAUUGUUGAUGUUGGUGCUGGCCAGGGUUAUCUUGCACAAGUUCUUUCCUUCCAGUACCAUCAUUCUGUAAUUGCUAUUGAUGCUUGUUCUCAUCAUGGAAGAGUAACAGAGACUCGUGCGGAGCGGAUAAAGAAACAUUAUGCAGCUCAGAUGCGUAAACUUGAUUCAGGAAACAGGGUUCCUGAUAUGCCUAAGGCAAUUACAUGCCGUGUUAUGUCCAUUGACAUGCUGAAAGCCUUGACUGAUGCGUCAUUACACGUUGAUAUUGUUGAGCAUCCAAAAUUGAGUAGACAAGUUCCAGAUGAUAGCACUUCAUUGGUACUUGCUGGAUUACAUGCUUGUGGUGAUCUUUCAGUAACAAUGCUGAGAACCUUUUCGGAGUGCAAAGAAAUUAAAGCAGUUGUUAGCAUUGGCUGCUGCUACAACUUAUUAUCAGAAGAAUGUUUUGAUGUUGCUGGUCCUCAUUGUGGUUUUCCAAUGAGUUUGGGUGUUAAAUCUUCAGGCAUAUCCCUUGGGAAGAAUUCACGCGAUCUAGCUUGUCAGAGUGCAGAAAGAUGGAGGAGUCUCGACAAAGAUGUUGGCCUUCAAAAUUUUGAGUUGCAUACUUUUCGUGCUGCUUUUCAGAUGGUUCUUAGUAAAUAUUAUCCUGAAAUCAUGAAAGCAAGUCCUUCAAUUGGGCGUCAAGGAAAGGCCCUGCGUCGACAGCAGCAAAGGAAGAUUCUCCAUUCUGCAUUGCGUCAUGGAGAAAAUAAACUGCCCCAGAGUAUUUCUGAAAUGGAUUGUAACUGUGUCUCUGUACAGCCUAGAGAAUCUAAAACAGAUGAUAGUUCAGCAGCGGAGUCAAGCAUAAAUACCUUGUCUUGCAAUGGGAUUAUGAGAUGUGAAGGAAAUGCUUCUGCGGACAAAUAUUUACUCUUUGAGAAAUUUAGCCAUUCUGGACUUUCUCGCCUUGGUCUCAAACCUUUGCAGGAGAUAGAUCUUCAUGAAAUAUGGGAGGAAGUUGAACCUUUUGCUGAGUUUAUAGGAUUAUAUUGGUCUCUCCGAGCUGCUUUUGGGCCCCUUAUUGAGACUCUUCUUCUGCUCGAUAGAUUAUUGUUCCUUCAGGAGCAAGGCAGUUCGUUAGAAGCAAUCAUGUUACCCAUCUUUGAUCCAGUAUUAUCGCCAAGAAAUGUGGCCAUAAUUGCUAAAAGAACUUGAUCUAAAUAUAGCAACACUGAUCGUCUAUCCCAGUACGAACAGGAUCUUAUAGAGCUUCAUUGGUCUCAUUCUGAGGUAAAUCUACUGCUUGAUAGAAUAUUCAUUCUCUAAAAGCAGCCAGGCCCCCUAUAUUUAAUCCUAAAAGAUCACUGUGAACUUUUGCCAUAAUCGCCAAAACCUUCUGUUCCAACUUAACAUUUUUUUUUUUUCCAACUUGCAUUUCUGUUCCUUGAGAUCAUUCUGAGGUUGUUUGGAACAUGUGAAACAUGCAGCCAAGUAAAUCUCCUGAGUUUUGUCUUUUAGUUGAUGGAUGUUGUUUACCUUUUUGUUAGUGGACCGGUCAAUUUGAUUCAUUUUGCAUAGUGAAAGGAGAUUAUAUUGAUCUCAGAAUCUUUGUGAUU